AUGCGCAAGGCUAUUCAGAAGACUGUCAAGAAGGCCAAAGAUACAAUCACGAGGAAAACCCGUUCGGCAGCGCGAAAGGCAGUUGAUGCACUGCAGCAUAAUGAACCGGCAAUUGAAGCACCACCACCUGGAUUUCCGGCAGAUCCUACACCACAAGAUGAUCUAGAGGGAGCUGGACCGGAUCCCGAACCUGAACCUAGCACAAGCGACAACGAAGGUGAAGGUCAGGCUGGGACAGAGCCUAGGAGAUCUGGAUCAGGCAGCGGAUCAGGGUCUAAGAAGGCCAAAACAGGUUCCCAAAAGUACAGGUCAAGUACAAAGCAAAAUGGGACAGGUAUAAAGAAAUCUGGAACAGGAAAGAAAAAAACCAGAGCUGACUCUAAACCAGACCCUGGCCCUAAACCAGACCCUGGUGAAGGCGACGGCGUGGGUGAGGGUCCAUCUCAGAUAACUCGCAUAGAGUCUAAAGAAAAGGCAAAGGGAACUUCAUCAGACACUGAGAAAUUCACCAAGGCAGAAGGCGAUGAGGGUGAAGCUUGGUCUAUGAAAGGCUCUACGAAGUCCGGUUCUGGUUCUGGGACAGGGUCUAGCAAGGAUAAGAAAAAGAAAGCCGCAUCGGUUACAAAGGAACCUGCAGGGGUCAGAAAGAGUGGAUCAAGGUCAUGGAGGAGUGGAUCAGGGUCAUGGAGAAGCGGAUCAGGUUCAAGCAAAAGCGGAUGGGGUUCGAUAGGAGAAGUCCUCCCGAUCGCCGACCAUCCACCUAUUAUCCCUGAAAUGGGAAAUGUGUCGCCGUUGCUCCUCAAACCGGAACCCGCUGAAGACUGGGGAGCUGCAACUUGUCCACCACCUGCAGCUGGAUCAGCUGAAUCUGACGGGAGUUUCGCCUGGCAGCAACGAAGGGCAGCAGCGAGUCGGCUUCGAGGAGCUGAUUUUGCGGCCUGGAUCGAGGACCCUCAUUAUCCCAAUUGCCCUAGGAAACUGAGCAAAUUCACACUGGACCAGGCACGAGAGCUGGGCGGUAGAUAUAAAGAGUAUGCACCGGCCCAUCUGGAAGAAACCGAGUAUGACCUGUUCCUACCACCGCAGGAGGAAUUACCCCGGGAAAGGAAUGACUACCAAAGGACUCACCUGGAAUUCAACACGACAAGCUCUUUGAUAACGAUUACACACUUCCUCAUUGAUAUAGAGAAGUUUCAACGCGACAAAGAUGACGAUCGGCCAACAAAUCCGUUCAUAUCCGAUCAAAUUCUGGCUAUGUAUAAAAGUCGCCAUAGCCUUGAAGGCCUCCGGUACAUCUUUGUGUCUCAGAUUGUGAACAGGGAGACCGCCGGCAUCAUCACUUUCAUGUAUCCCAGACGAGAGCUUGGUGGAAAGGGUUGUGAAAAGGGUAGUGAAGCUCAUUCGAUUACUGCUAGUGAGUACGAGGCUGUCCUUACCUGGGAAGAAUAUUCCUCGUCUCUGGAUCCCAAUGCUUCGGAACCCAGCGCUCACGGUACCAGUGAGCAUUCAAAUCGUGCCCGAUCUUAUAGUGGAGGAAUUCCGAUAGACCCAACACCUUUGGAACAUGGCACGCCAGCAUACUACCAGACUCUAGGUAGUCAGAUUGGUAGGCAAGUGGCUUCUACUGUGCUGGGUGGUUACCCUCGGGGGACAGUUCGAAUCGCCCGAAUUUGGGUCUACGAAGGUGGGAAUAAAGCUUUGCAGCUUCGCUUUGAUCUUGAGCCCCUUCCAGUUUUAAUUCGAGUUAGAGCAGAGGAUGGAAGCAGCCUGUAUGCGUAUUUUGAACCUGAAGAGUAG